UUGACGACUUCUUUCAUAUUAUGAUAAAAAGGAUGCAAUCAGAAAGUUGCGAAAUUUGACUCCGACAUCUCCUUUUUGAUUGUUAGGUUGGUGUGGGAAAUUCCCUUUUAACCGAGCGCAGGGUUUAGCUGUUGUUAUUUAUUGCUGGCUUAGAUUCACAAAAGAUAAUGGCUUCAAAAGAAGACGGUGUGUAUGUAUGUGGAAUAGGAUUUAACAAGUUUUCACAAAUUGAUUGCCAUUGUGACAUUAUAGUCAACAAACCAAUACGAUUUGAUGGGAAAAUUGUAUCUGUUAUGGCUGGAUCAAGAAAUGCAAUUAUACUGAAAAGAGAUGAUGGGACUUUGACAAUCAGAGGUUUCUGGAGUAACUGUCAAAGGUGUGAAAUAAACAUUUCAAAAAGAGGACAAUGUGCAACUUUAAAGGAAGAUGAAUUGUUUGUUGUAGAUUCUGAGGGGAUUCUUUAUAAAUAUUCCAAUGAAACAAAUGAAGAAGUUUGUAAUCAAAUGGCUUCACCACCGUCAAUAAAACAAAUAGAUUUGGUUGAAAAUUCAUCCACAUUGUUUGGUGUUACAGAAAGCGGUAACGUUUAUCGUUGGAAUGAAGACAAUAUACCAACUCAGAUUGUUUUAUUAACAAAAAUUUCACAAAUAAGCUGUGGCGUCAGCCAUGUACUUGCAUGCUCUGAAAGUGGAAAUGUUUACACAUGGGGAACAGGUAGCCGAGGACAAUUAGGGCAUAGUUCAUUAGAAGAUGCAGAAAACCCCAAGCUGAUUGAUAUGUUGUGCGGUGUUAACAUAAAAGCAGUUGCAGCUGGAGGUUGGCAUUCUUUAUCUCUUGCAGAAUCUGGUGAUAUUUACGCAUGGGGAUGGAAUGAAGUGGGACAGCUUGGAUUUCCAGCAACUACACUCACAGACUUUUCAGAAACGAAAUUAGAAGGAGAUAAGUCUGUUUCCAUGUUGAGCACACCUGCCUUGCUCGAACUAGAAAAGUAUCUGGGAUGUGAUGGGUACCUAACGUUAAUCGAUAUAUCAUGUGGAAGUCGACAUUCCGCAACAGUGACUUCAAAAGGCGCUGCAAUCACAUGGGGUUGGGCUAAAUAUGGACAACUUGGACAUUUGUGUUGUGUUUCGAAUUCUGAAAAGAACAAUUCUUUGACCUUUAUGGAAAAACGGAGUCGGAACAAUUUUGGUAACAGUUGUAAUGAAAAAGCACAUCUUCCGGGAUUUGUUGUGUUUCCAGACUCUAAUUGUUCGUCUGUUGCUUCCGUCCGCUGUUGUGCAUGGAGCACGUUUUUUAAAAUGCAUUGUGUCAGAAACAAUACUUCCUAAAUAUAUUUUUUCAUUGAUGUGC